AUGGUGCCCAAGAAGAAGCCCGGUCCUUCGACUCACCCAUCCACCUCGAAGGCUCCACCGCCCACGGCCUCCAACACUGCGGGGGGUGCGGAGGCGCACGAGGACGCAGACGCUGCUGGGGAAGUGGUCGGGGUAGGGGGCGCCAUAACCACUUCUCCCGCGGCCGGUGCAGGAGCAGGAGACACCAGAGGAGAGCAACAUCGACAACACCCCGACGGCCACGCUCUCCAAGGUGCGGGUGAGGGAGCCACUCCAUCUGUGCCCUUCUCCCCCACCGAUGGGCACAGUCACAGCAACAACGUUCGGACCGGGGCGACUGCCGCCCUCCGACCGCUCCCGCGACGGGUGCGGUCGUCGCACGUGCGCCUCCCCCAGGACAGGCCGACCAAGCCGCUGCGCCCGACGGAGCCGCUGGCCCUCAAGCGCCUUCGCCACACCACGCCCAGGUGGUCGCCCCGCAGCAGCAGCGGGGGCGCAGUACUACCGCCGCUGGCACUAUCAGGAGCCGAGCGACGAAACCUCCCAGUGCCUUGCCUCGCAUCCCACCGCAACACACCACUCACCUCCUCACGCUCUCGCCCAUCACUCCCCAACAACAACUCCACCACCACAGUAUCAUCAGCCGUGGGCGCCACGGAGGAUUCCUCCUCCGGCUCCGAGACCACCACGUCGUCCUCGGUGGAGGCCCUGGCCUCGCCGCCGUCCCCGACGGCCACCACCGCGUCGUCCAAGAAGAAGCGGCCGCGCAACGACGGGCGGCACCCGACGUACCGCGGGGUGCGCAUGCGGAGCUGGGGCAAGUGGGUGUCGGAGAUUCGGGAGCCCCGCAAGAAGUCGCGCAUCUGGCUCGGCACCUUCGCCACGGCGGAGAUGGCGGCGCGCGCGCACGACGUGGCCGCCCUCGCCAUCAAGGGCCGUGCCGCGCACCUCAACUUCCCCGACCUCGCCCACGAGCUCCCGCGCCCGGCCACCGCCGCGCCCAAAGACGUCCAGGCGGCCGCCGCACUCGCCGCCUCCGCCGACUUCCCGGCCUCUGCCACUGCAGCUGCCAAUGCCGGCGCCAAGAAUCCCGACGGCCCGGAACCCAGCGCCGCCUCCGCCUCUGCCUCGCCGCCGCCGGACACCGCUGAGGAUGCGCUGUUCGACCUCCCCGACCUCCUCUUCGACCUCAGACACGGCCCUCCGUCCUGCCAGCUCUCGUGCGCCUCCUCGUGGGACGACGACGUGGCCUUCGCCGGCGCCGGCGCCGGCGUGUUCCGCCUGGAGGAGCCGCUGCAGUGGGAGUACUAAAUCCAGACGCCAACUCGCUCAGUCACCGGUGUCAUCAAACCGCGCCGCCGCUGCAUGCAUGUAUGGCUCGUAGGUGCUCGUUACCACAUCGGGCCGGAAAUCAUUUCGAAACCAUUGGAGAACCAAAAGAAGGAAGCAAAACCACUGGAGUACUACUAAAUUUAGGAGUGAGACCAUGUACAAAUUGGGGUUAGCCUUGUGUUCUUUAUCGUAUUUGCUUUGCGUGGAUUGUGGGGCAAGAAUAUGUUUGUGUGUGCAAUUAACAACACCGCAUCUCCUUUUUUCUUC